UUUUUUUUUCCGUCGUUCUCUUUUUCUUUCAGUUGAAUAAUAUAAAGAAAAACAUCAUGACGUCUCCUCAACGAAAGAAUUCCAUUUUUAACAUGAUGUCCUUUUCUCCAACCCUCAAUAUGCUUGCUUCAUCACCUUCUUCUUUCGCCACUCCGUCACCAUUCGCUUUACGUCAUCGAGAUAGUUAUGUUCACCAAAGAGAAUUAGAAUCUCAAUUUUGUCGAGAUUUAGUUUGUUGUAACCAACCUAUUGCUGAUCUACAUGAACUUUUACAACAUUAUGAAGAACAACAUGUUGAAAUUCAUCCUGAUACUGCUAGUCCUAAACGUACAGAAGAAGAAGAAGAUGAUGAUGAUGAAGAAAUGGAAGAAGAUGAAGACGAUACACAUGGCAAUUUACCUAUAUUAUUAUCUAGUCAAGAUAUGUCAGCUUUGGAACAUGAAGGUAUGACUAACGGUAGUACUCUUGGUUUAGAAAAUAUGGAUUUUAGUCAUUUUGGUGCAGGUUUGAUGCAUCCAGAUGCGGAUAAACCUUAUCGUUGUGAUGUACCUGGUUGUGAUAAAGCAUAUAAGAAUCCCAAUGGAUUGAAAUAUCAUCGGAUGCAUGGACAUUGUGAAUCAACAGACUCUGAUAAUGAAGCAGAUGCCCUUCAAAAACCAUAUCAAUGUACAGUGAUGGGUUGUAGGAAACGAUACAAGAAUAUGAAUGGAUUGAAAUACCAUAUUGAACAUUCUCAUAUCAAGAAAAUGCAAGCUGCUUUACCACCUUGGAUGGCUACUCCUUGGCAGCUUCAACAACAUCCACAACAACAAUCACAACAUUUACAUCCACAUAUACAACAUCCACAUCAUCCACAUCAUCCGCAACAACAACAACAACAAUCAGUAGCACAUCAAUCUACAUUGAAUCCUCAAGCCUUUUUGUAAAUAGUAUCCAUUGUAUAGUUUAGUCUCCUCCCUCCUCUGUCUUUCUUUUUUUUCCUUUUUAACCAUCAUCAUUUAUAUUUAUUAUUAUUAUUAUUAUUAUUAU